CGUCACAUAAUUUUUGUCUCCUACAGGCCACCGUAGUCGUAAUCAUGGUACCGAUUUUAAGCGUAUUGUUUGGUAUUUGUUGUGUAGGGAUUGUUAUUAUUUUGCGGCUGCUGAUUGUCAUUAGAUCCGGUUCAAGAUGUAAACCUGGACAAAAAGGCCCAGUCUGCGUGCUGGUGGUUGCUGGAUCAGGUGGGCAUACAACUGAAAUUCUGCGAUUGAUGGCAAGCCUCUCCCAGUCUUACAGCCCGCGACACUAUGUCAUUGCAGACACCGACAAGAUGAGCGAGGACAAGAUCCGUGCCUAUGAAAGCUUGGAAAACGGCCAAGAGUCCAAGACCUGUACACAUAUGUACAAAACAAUAACCCAGGUGACACACAGGGAGACUCAGUUUACGGUUCACCGGAUCCCUCGGAGUCGCGAGGUGCGGCAGUCAUGGAGUUCCUCAGUGGCCAGCACUUUGAAUGCCAUCCGCUUUUCCAUCCCUCUCAUGUUCCAACUCAGGCCUGACAUGGUGCUGUGCAACGGUCCCGGUACCUGUGUCCCCCUUUGCCUGGCGGGACUUCUGCUAGGAACUGUGGGAUUGAAGAAGGUUGUGAUUGUCUACGUCGAGAGCAUCUGCAGAGUGGAGACCCUGUCGCUUUCUGGAAAGAUCCUCUACCAUCUCUCAGACUACUUCUUUGUGCAGUGGUCGACCUUGAAGGACAAAUACCCCAAAGCCAUCUACCUGGGACGGAUAGUCUAAGCUGUCUGUCAACCAAAGACUGGAACUUUGUGACUGACAGUAUUGUUAUAUUAUGCUUGAAAGAUGAACGUUUUGAACUUGGACAGGUUUUGUUUUGUUGUGUUGUGAAAAAAAAACCUGUUGUUUUCUACACACAUGAAAAAUGAAAUCAAAAGACAAGUUAUCUGUCAGUGCUGUAAGGUCGAGGUUUGGUCUAGUAUGUUUAGAACGCAUAACAUCAUGCUGUUAAUCCCCAGAAGUAUGAAGAGAAGGAAUACAAGGAAUCUCAUUGAGGUGUUGAAGAAGCAUCGAAUAGAUGGACAAAGAGAUUACCCUAGACUUUCUGUUUUUUUAAUAGAACUCUGGAGAAGAAUCCAACAUGAUUGUGACAGGAACAACAGGAAGGUGAGCUCAGCUGUCACGCUUUCUUCAAAACCUGACAACCGCCAUUGUUAGAGAAGAACGCCGUGAUGACAAGGAGGCAAGAUGGCACAAGAUCACCUCACAUCCUCUCACCACUCAAUCAGCGGCAUGCUUCACACCAUGAAAGGUUUUAUUGUACAUUUAAUUAAACAUUCUGUAGAAUGCGAAAAAGCGAUGUUCUUCAAUGUCAUGGAAACAUCACUUUUCAUCCCACCCACUCUGCUUGACAAGAACUUGUACAACUGCCCGUAAUAACCCCCUUCUCUGUCUCUUGUGGCAGAAAGUGCAAAUUAAAAGCAUUUUUGUGUGCUUACGUGAAGUCGGGUGGCCUCGGUCUGGUGAAAUCCCGAUGUAUCAAAGUCGUAACGGGGUAAUUCCUCUGAAAUGUACCGGCACGUUCGUAGUACACAAUGCCUCCCUGAAUGUUAAUAUCAAUAUCAGUGCCCCCCCCCCCUUUGAGAUGUUCCUUCUCAGUCGUUUGUGUACGCUUUUGUAAACAGAUUGUGUGAUUGUGUUCGGGGCUGGGGUGCAGUGUUGUGCCUUGUGUGUUUGCCUUUGCUUUGUGGAAGCUUUCCUGUUGCUGGACGGGGUUCACUCAACAGGAACAGCACUGAGAUAAUGAUGGUUUCGUUUGACGGCAUUAGAAGACGGAACAGAAGGAGAAUACAAAAAACGUUUGGUUUGAUGCUGACAUUUAAGCUAAGCUAUUUAUACAGAAGUUCUUGUCUCUGUAUGUCUAUGAGUCGAAUGAAACAGAAAGUACUGAAGGAACACAUGCUGUAUCGGCAUUAUAUGCAUUGGGAGAUGAGAUCGAAGGUUGAAGCUUGUGCAUUUGGACAUGUAACAGGAAACAUACAUGUUGUUUAUUUGCAGAUGUUGGGAGGUUGUGUCGUG